CGCGGCGGAGCGGGUGGACCCGCAGCUCCGUGCGCUCCGCAGCUUCUCCCGGGGAAGGUCCCGACUUGGCAGCUCUGGGAUCAGGCGCGGCGCCCGGAGGCUGCCCGGCAGGUCGGGGCUGGGCCGGCAGGAGCCAGAACCCCGGGCUGUCCCGGUCGCUCACUCUCGCAGCCACUCCCUCGCAGCCACGCGGGGCGCGCACUCCCACUGCCUCUCCGCGCGCGGCUCCGGGCGCGAUGGACGCGGCACUGCUCCACAGCCUGCUGGAGGCCAACUGCAGCCUGGCUCUGGCCGAGGAGCUGCUCCUGGACGGCUGGGGGCCGCCCCCGGACCCCGAGGGUCCCUACUCCUACUGCAACACAACCUUGGACCAGAUCGGGACGUGCUGGCCCCAGAGCGCGGCCGGAGCCCUCGUGGAGAGGCCGUGCCCGGAGUACUUCAACGGCAUCAAAUACAACACGACCCGGAACGCCUACCGAGAAUGCUUGGAGAAUGGGACGUGGGCCUCACGCAUCAACUACUCACAGUGUGAGCCCAUUCUGGAUGACAAGAGGAAAUAUGACCUGCACUACCGCAUCGCCCUCGUCAUCAACUACCUGGGCCACUGUGUUUCCGUGGCGGCCCUGGUGGCCGCCUUCCUGCUUUUCCUGGCCCUGCGGAGCAUCCGCUGUCUGCGGAACGUGAUUCACUGGAACCUCAUCACCACCUUUAUCCUGCGAAAUGUCAUGUGGUUCCUGCUGCAGCUCAUCGACCACGAAGUGCACGAGAGCAAUGAGGUGUGGUGCCGCUGCGUCACCACCGUCUUCAACUACUUCAUGGUGACCAACUUCUUCUGGAUGUUCGUGGAGGGCUGCUACCUGCACACGGCCAUCGUCAUGACCUACUCCACCGAGCGCCUGCCCAAGUGGCUCUUCCUCCUCAUCGGAUGGUGCGUCCCCUGCCCCAUCAUCGUCGCCUGGGUCAUCGGCAAGCUCUACUAUGAGAACGAACAGUGCUGGUUUGGCAAGAAGCCCGGCGACCUGGUGGACUACAUCUACCAGGGCCCCAUCAUCCUCGUGCUCCUGAUCAACUUUGUGUUUCUGUUCAACAUCGUCAGGAUACUGAUGACAAAAUUACGAGCAUCCAGCACAUCCGAGACGAUCCAGUACAGGAAGGCGGUGAAGGCCACCCUGGUCCUCCUGCCCCUCCUGGGCGUCACCUACAUGCUGUUCUUCGUCAACCCCGGAGAGGACGACCUGUCGCAGAUCGUGUUCAUCUACUUCAACUCCUUCCUGCAGUCGUUCCAGGGUUUCUUUGUGUCUGUCUUCUACUGCUUCUUCAAUGGAGAGGUACGAUCGGCCAUCAGGAAGAGGUGGCACCGCUGGCAGGACCAUCACUCCCUCCGAGUCCCCGUGGCGCGGGCCAUGUCCAUCCCCACGUCGCCCACAAGGAUCAGCUUCCAUAGCAUCAAGCAGACGGCCGCCGUGUGACUCCCUGGCCGCCCGCCCCCCACUGCUCCCAUCCUCCCCUGCCCUCUGUGCUGUCCUUACGUGCAGGCUAUGCUGGGGCAGGGGCAGGGAGGGCAGCCGCCAGGGCU